CCUUGCAACUCUUAAAGACUGUUUUGUUUUGUAUUUUGCUCCUAGUUCAUCGUAUCUCCUGUUAUUUCUUGGCUGCAAUUCAAGCCUGCUUAUCUAGUGUUUUGUGUUCCUAUUUGAAAUCAUCCUUUGAACUGUUUGCACUGACUUUUAAGUGCCUCAUUAAGUUUGUUUUGCAUUAAAAUACUAUUACUUUGCAUCUCAACUGCUGUUUAAGACAUUCUGUGUUCUGUGAGUCACGACAAAUGCCUAUGGCAAAUGUACUCCUUGUUUCCUCAGAUUUUUGGGUUUUUCUUCCUCCACAGGUACAUGUUUGAUGUGACCAAGUGUAUGCUCUCUCCAGGAAAUAUUACCGAGAAGCUAAGGAUUGCCUCUCUACCAUGUGCUGGAGAGGUAGUGGUGGAUCUCUAUGCUGGGAUCGGCUAUUUCACCCUGCCCUACCUGGUUCACGCUGGUGCAGCUUUUGUCCAUGCCUGUGAAUGGAACCCUUAUGCUGUGGAAGCUUUGAGGAAGAACUUGGAAUUGAAUGGUGUACAAGAUAAAUGCCAUGUUCACCAGGGAGAUAACAGGAAGCUACAACUGAAGGACGUGGCUGACAGGGUGAAUCUGGGGCUGAUCCCCACAUCGGAGGCCGGCUGGCCAGUUGCCUGCCAGCUUUUGCGAAAGGACGUGGGAGGCAUUCUUCACAUCCAUCAGAAUGUGGAAUCUUUCCCAACAAAGGCCCGUGAACUGCCCCACAACUUGAUGUCGGAAUGGUCUGAUAAACAACUACUGGCAGAAGAAGGCAAAAUGGGUCCGGGAGACCACAAUAUUCUGCAGGAUGCUGAAAGGAGAACUCCAGCUUUGGCAGCCAAAUGUGAAUGGCAGAACUGGGCAGAGCUCACAGCCAUCCGGAUCAGGGAUUUGCUACAGGAAUUGGAUAACAAGGAGUGGAGGACAAUAAUCCUCCACAUUGAACAAGUGAAAUCUUACGCUCCUCACGUGCAGCAUCUAGUUUUGGAUCUGGAGUGCCGACCUUUUGCUGAGAAUGUGGACUUGGAAGCAUAGACCUAGAACAGCAUUUUCCUGUCGUGGCAGCCAAUGUAGGCUGGAUCUACACUGCCCUAUAAUCCAGGUUCAAAAGGUGGAUUAACUGCAUUAUUCUGCAUUAUAGGACAUUGUAGACUCAUCUAAUCCAGUUCGAUGCAGUUAAUCCACAUUCUGAAACUGGAUUAUAGGGCAAUGUACAUCUAAUUGGAGAAUCAUAGGAAAAUGGGAUUGUGGGUUUGUUUAUUUUAACCUCUUUUAUUUUAACCUCUCUUAUACUGAGGGCUGUAUGUUGUAUGUAUGACUAUGUGUUAAAUGUGUUAUGUGUUAAAUGUUUUGAUACGGCCAAUAGGCCAAUCAAUAAAAUGUAUCUAUCUAUCUA